AUGGCUUCCCUCGCUGCUGCGCGUUACGGAAAGGACAAUGUCCGUGUAUACAAGGUUCACCGGGAUGAGAAGACUGGCAUUCAGACGGUGGUGGAGAUGACCGUCUGCGUACUGCUGGAGGGAGAAAUUGAUGAAUCCUACACAAAAGCUGAUAACAGCCCCAUUGUCGCUACCGACUCCAUCAAGAACACCAUCUACAUUCUCGCCAAACAGAACCCCGUCACACCCCCGGAACUCUUCGGCUCCAUCAUCGGAACCCAUUUCAUCAAAACCUACAAGCACAUCCACGCAGCCCACGCCAAAAUCAUUACCCACCGCUGGUCCCGUCUCAAUGUUGACGGCAAGCCCCACCCUCACUCCUUCAUUCGCGACAGCGAGGAAACCCGCAACGUGCAGGUGGACGUGACCGAGGGCGUGGGCAUUGACAUCAACACCGCCAUCUCCAACCUCACCGUGCUGAAGAGCACCAACUCCCAGUUCUGGGGAUUCCUGCGUGACGAGUACACCACUCUCCCCGAAACCUGGGAUCGCAUCCUCAGUACCGAUGUCGAUGCCAACUGGCAGUGGAAGCGAUUCAGUGGUCUGGACGAAGUUCGCGCCAACAUCCCCAAAUUUGAUGCCACCUGGGCCGCCGCGAGGGACAUCACCCUCAAGGUGUUUGCCGAGGAGAACAGCGUGAGCGUGCAGAACAUCAUGUACAAAAUGUCGGAGCAGAUCCUCGCUUUCCAGCCCCUGGUUGAAACCGUCGAGUACUCGUUGCCCAACAAGCAUUACUUUGAAAUCAACCUCGACUGGCACAAGGGCCUCAAGAACACUGGUAGAGAUGCCGAAGUUUACGCCCCCCAGACAAACCCCAACGGUCUGAUCAAGUGCACUGUGGGACGACCAAAGAGCACACUUCAGGCUAAGGCCAAGUUGUAA